CUGGGUACGCACGCGCACUUGCUGGCUUGUUUUGACAGCUUGGACGAGUGGGAUGGGAGGAAGCAGGAUGUGUCGCGAGAGUUGUCCUCACACCGCCUUGUGGGCGAUGUAACUAUGGCUAGCCCGGGGAUCGAGGCCGAGCAGGAGCCGCUUUUAGGCGACCGCACACCCGGAAGCAGAGAAUGGGAUAUUAUAGAAACUGAAGAGCAUUAUAAGAGCCGAUGGAUAUCAAUUAGGAUUCUGUAUCUUACUAUGUUUCUCAGCAGUAUAGGAUUUUCCAUUGUGAUAAUGUCAAUAUGGCCAUAUCUCCAAAAGAUUGAUCAGACAGCUGAUGCAAGUUUUUUGGGCUGGGUUAUUGCUUCAUUUAGUCUUGGCCAAAUGGUAGCUUCACCUAUAUUUGGUUUGUGGUCUAAUUAUAGACCAAGAAAAGAACCUCUUACUGUCUCCAUCUUCAUUUCGGUUGCGGCUAACUGCCUCUAUGCCUAUGUCCACGUUCCAGCUUCUCAUAAUAAAUACUACAUGUUGGUUGCUCGUGGAUUGGUGGGAUUUGGAGCAGGAAAUGUGGCAGUUAUUAGAUCAUAUAUUGCCGGUGCUACUUCCCUUCAGGAAAGAACAAGUUCCAUGGCAAACACUAGUGCAUGUCAAGCAUUGGGUUUUAUCUUAGGUCCAGUUUUUCAGACUUGUUUUGCUCUCAUUGGAGAAAAGGGCGUGACAUGGGAUACCAUUAAACUACAGAUAAACAUGUACACAGCACCAGUUUUACUUGGCGCGUUCCUGGGAGUUUUAAAUAUUAUUCUGAUCCUUAUUCUAUUAAGAGAACAUCGUGUGGAUGACUCAGGACGACAGUGUAAAAAUGUUAAUUUUGAAGAAGCAAGUACAGAUGAAGUUCAGGUUCCCCAAGGAAAUAUUGAUCAAGUUGCAGUUGUGGCCACCAAUGUUCUGUUUUUCGUGGUUCUAUUUAUCUUUGCCCUUUUUGAAACAAUUGUUACUCCAUUAACAAUGGAUAUGUAUGCCUGGACUAGAGAACAAGCUGUAUUAUAUGAUGGAGUAAUACUUGCUGCUCUUGGAGUUGAGGCAGUUAUUAUUUUCAUGGGGAUUAAAUUACUUUCCAAAAAGAUUGGCGAACGUGCUAUUCUACUGGGAGGACUCAUCGUUGUAUGGGUUGGCUUCUUUAUCUUGUUACCCUGGGGAAAUCAGUUUCCCAAAAUACAGUGGGAAGAUUUACAUAAUAAUUCAAUUCCUAAUACCACAUUUGGGGAAAUUAUUAUUACUCUUUGGAAAUCUCCAAGAGAAGAUCACAAUGAAGGACCAACUGGCUGCCCAAUUGAACAAGCCUGGUGCUUCUACACCCCCAUGAUUCAUCUGGCCCAGUUCCUCACAUCAGCUGUGCUAAUUGGAAUAGGCUAUCCAUCCUGUAAUGUUAUGUCCUAUACAUUAUAUUCAAAAAUUCUGGGACCAAAACCUCAGGGUGUGUACAUGGGCUGGUUAACAGCUUCUGGAAGUGCAGCCCGGAUUCUUGGACCUGUGUUCAUCAGCCAACUCUAUACUUCCUGGGGCCCACGAUGGGCAUUCAGCCUUGUGUGUGGAAUAGUGGUACUUACCAUCCUGCUCCUGGUUGCAGUAUACAAAAGACUCGUUGCUUUUUCUGUAAGGCAUGGAAGGAUUCAAGAGUAAUGUAACUAACUCUGCAAUGGAAAGUACUUGAUAUGGGACUUCCUCUUCCAAGGCUCUGGUAUGGGUCAGGUUCCAAAAGUCAGGCUGCAAAUAUUGUAUAUUUUGAAUAACAAGAACAUACAAUGAAUAAUUCAGGGAAUUCAAUGUGUAAUUGGGAAUAGUAAGGUAAUAGUAAAACACUUGGUUAAUAAUUCCCUUCUUUCAAACAAUAUUCUAUCAUAACAUCUCUUUUGGGGUGCAUGAACUCAUGAGUGAAUGGACAAUGGUUUAUAAAUGGGAAGUUGUACUUUUAGCUUAGACUGCAGAAGUGUCAUUAAAAUAAUGAGAAAAUAUGCAGUGAAAUCGUAAGGAGAAUUCUGUUUGAAUUACCUAUAACAAAAAAAAAAAAAAGAAAUUAUAGAAAUUACCUAAAUAGAAGUAUCUCUGUUUGAAGAUACCUACUUUUUUAUUUAUUUAAAAAUGCAAUUUCUAUUAUCAAAUUUCCUAUGAAAUAAAAAUCAUGAGUCUUAAAUUUUCUGUUUACCAUGACCUGCUGUUCUACCUGAUGUUCUAUGUCAUUAUUUUUAAUAUUAUACCUUUUGUCCUAUUUUAGUUCAGGAUCUCACUAAGUAACCCCUAAGUUAAUAGGUAAGCACAAAUAAUGCUAAUACUUGAGCAAUAAAGAGGAGUAAGAGAUCAAGAUGAAUUACACUAUCUUUAGUAGGACUAAUUACAAUUUAAUUUCAAGUACUACUAAUAAUAACUCACUUUAGGAACAUGAGCCAAGUGUGUUACAGUAUACAUAUACUGAACAGCAAACUGUGUAUUAAAAUUACUGGCAUUUUUCAACUCCCUUAAAUUCUGGAGAAAAACUUUCACUUCAGUUAUUUACUUUUCCCAUCUCUUGGUAGUGACAGGGAAGACACAACAGUUUUCAAACUAUGUGCAGCUAUUCAGAACUGCAGAAUUUUAAGUUGGCAUAGGCCAUGACAACCCCAGUCUAGCUAGGCUAAUAAAUAUUUGAGGUAAAAUUGCUUAUCUCUAUCAGUUUACUGAGUUUACUUGAAGUUGGCUAAAUCACACUCUCUUAUGUAUACAUUUCUACCUCUACAUAUGUUGAAUGCUGAUAAGAGGAAUAGUAUAGAAUUAUGUAAAUGGAUGAUCAAUAUUACCAAAAAAUGCAAAAAUAGUUCUAAAUAUUUUACCAAAUGUUUCCUACUCUAAGUUUUAUUUUCAGAUCUCAAAGUAAUUAAGUAAACACUAUAAUCUGCACUUUAUACUGUUUACUGUUCUCGUGUUUUUUUCCUUUUUUUUUUUUUUUUUUUUUCGGCUUAAACAAAGAAAUUUAUUUCUCACAGUUGUGGAGGAUAGAAGCCUAAGAUCAAGGUUGUCAGCAGGGUUGGUUUCUUCUGAGGUCUCUCUCCUUGGCCUGUAGAGAUAUAUCUUCUCCCUGUAUCUUUUGUUUGUUUGUUUUUCCAGCUUUAUUGGGAUAUAAUUUACAUAUAACAUUGUGUAAGUUGAAGGUGUACAAUGCAUUGAUUUGAUGAAUUUAUAUAUAGCAAAAUGGUUACCGCUGUAGCAUUAGCUAACACCUCUGUCCUAUCACAUAAUUAUCCUUUCUUUUUUGUGGUGAGAACAUUUAAGUUCUACUCUCAGCAAUUUUUUAGUAUAAAAUACAGCAUUAUUAAUUGUGAUCACCAUGCUAUAGAGUAAAUCCCCAGAACUUAUUUAUCUUAUAAUAGGAAGUUCUCUGACCAACAUCUCCCCAUUUUCUCCCCACCCAUAGCCCCUGUCAACUAUCACCCAUUCUCUGCCUCUAAUAGCUCAGCUCUUUUAGAUUUCAUAUAUAAGUCUCUGACUGAUUUCAUAAUGGCCUCAAGUUCCAUCCAUGUUGCCACAAAUGGAAGGCUCUCCUUUCUCAUGGCUAAAUAAUAUUCCACUACAUACACACAUCUUCCUUAUCCAUUCCCCCAUUGAUAGACAUCUAGGUUUUCCCCUGUUUUGUCUUUAUCUUUUGUCUUUUGUCUUUCUGAAUAAUGCUGCAGUGAACAUGGGAGUGCAGAUACCUCUUUGAAAUCCUGCCUUCAUCUCCUUUGGAUAUAUACCCAUAAGAGGGAUUGCCACGCCGUAUGGUAGUUCUUUAUUUUUUGAAGAACUUCCAUUCUGUGUUCCACAGUGGCUGCACCAAUUUACAUUUCUACCAACAGUGCAUAAGGGUUCCUUUUUUCUCCACACCCUCAUCUAUACUUGUUAUUUAUUGUAUUUUUCAUACUAGCCAUUUUCAAGGUGCUAGGUGAUACCUCAUUAUGGUUUUCAUUUGCAUUUCCUUGAGAAUUACUCAUGUGGAACAUCCUUUCAUGUCUCUGCUGGCCAUAUAUAUGUCCUUUGGAAAAAUGUCUUUUUAUAACUUCACAGAGUUUUAGAAACUCUGCCCAUUUUUAAAAAAUCUUUUCUUUUUUUUUUUUUUUAAGCUCUAUCCUCAACGUGGGACUUGAACUCCCAACCCUGAGAUCAAGAAUUGCAUGCCAUAUGGACUAAGCCAGCCAGGUGCCCCUCCUCUGCCCAUUUUUAAAUCAGACUAUUCAGCUUUUUUGCUAUUGAAAUUUGCUGUACUCUUAUAUCCAACUUCUUUAGCUCUACUAGAAAGCUUAAUCGGACAGAAAUUAUCCUGAUUAAAUUUUAGAGAUCGUUUUGUCUCAUCUCCACCUCCCUUAGCAAGACCACUUCAGUUAGACUUAUCAGAACCAUAGUUACGUGUCUGGCUGUUUGGUCAAGUCCUGGGAUCUCUCUUCCUGAUGUUCUGCAGCUCUUUCCUCAGUCUUACAUUUUUUGGGGUAACUUCUAAUCCUAAAGAGUGAACUCCACCCUUGGUUUAGAUAGUGUAUAUGAUAGAAAUAACAAUAAUGGUGAUGAUGAAAAUAAUAGCAUAUGUUUAGAGAAUUCUUUCCAUAUUGCAGGUAAUAUGUAAUAUACAGUUUAAUUUUCACAGCCAUCUUAUAAAGCAAAGAUACUGUUGUGAGUCCCAUUUUACAGAUAAAGCAACAGAGGUAUAGAGAAGUUAAGACACUGGUCUAAGUAAGUGUCUUUAGACUCCACACUCUAAACCACUAAAUUUGUUAUAGUGGGGAAAAGAGCCCAGAAAGUUGCAAAAGCAGUUAAUUGUGUACUUUAGCAUUAAAUUAAGUUAGGUAUACCAGUGAAUCAUAUUAGCAGAAAUAUUUGAAAAAUGUAAUUUGAACCUGACUAACUGGAGCUAUUAUCUUAGCAGAGUAGACUGUUUCUGUGCAAGAAUAUGACAUAGAGAAGUUUCCCAACUUCCCAAGAUUUAUAAUAUUAAAUAAAAUUCAGAUAAACUAUAAUUUAGAUAAACUAUAAUUCAGAUAAACUUGCAAAAAUGACUAACACCUUUCUUUUUAGUAAGAGUGCUUUCUUUUCUGGGUGAUUAUACCACCACACAUCUUGGCAUAGAAGAAGAUGAGGAAGUGACAUGGGGUUGAGGUCAGGGCAGGGAGAUAGACUUGAGGAAAAAAUCACUAGUUAAGGUCUUGAGUGAGACAAGCGGAGUCUAAGUUGAAAAAGAUGACAGGGGACCAUAAGAUAUGAAAAAUUGCUGAAAAUAGUUUGUAUUUCAGAAUGGUAAGUUUUGUAAAACCUAAUCUUAAAGGAUUUUUAUAUUUGAAGGGAUUUAUAACUUCACAAGGCAUCUCCAUGUUACCUUGCUAAGCUGGCCUACAUUCAAACUCCCCCAGUUAUCUUGACUAAAGUGAAAUAGAUCUGUAUGUAAUUUUUGUUUUGGAGAGUGUAAAGUAUUUAUCGGCUUCUACUCAAGAAUAGAUUAACUUAUUGUGAGAGGAUAUUUUCAGUACCAUUUUUGACUACAGAUUUAUUUGUAAGUUAAUGUAUUUUACAUUGUGAAAGUAUACUUUCUAAUAAAAAAUUACUAUGUAUCUGUA